AUGAACAUAAAUGCAACAAUCAGUGAUGACAUCAACAGACCUUCUAAUGAUUUGUCGUGUUUUCUGUCCUCGAAGAAUGGAGUAGUGAGUGAAGUGACGAUAAGUAUUUAUGCUCGUAAGUUAGCAAUCAUGGAUAUUUCAAAGACACAGUGGAUCAAAUUAGACAAGUAUCAUUACCGAAGUCAGCUAAAAUGUUUUGUCGUUAUAAAUUUGCCUAGUUCAUAUAACAGAAACUCUUUACAAGCUGUGAGAACCUACAAGUAUGAAAAUAUGGAAUCAAUAAGGAAUAAUAAGAAGCUUAUGAAAACAAAAUUAAAUUCAGUACCACUUGCAUCUCACUAUUCAAUAGAAUAUUCAUAUUCUUUACAUUUACACAAAGAAGUUAUCAGCAACUAUAUAGACAAUGAUCCAAUACACACAUUAAUUUAA